UCGCCACACUCCCCAGCUCCACCCCACUCCACACGAAGGCGCGAGUGGUUAAGCACUCUGCAGCUAGCCAUGGCACCCGUGGAGGCACCGGGAGAGCAGCAUGGAGAUGGUGGCAAACCAGCGAGGAGUUACUGGCGGUGGCACAAGGAGGACUUCUUCCCGGAGCCGUCGUUUGCAAGCUGGGGCGCCUACCGCACGGCGCUGGGCGCGACCCCGGCCCGCCUCCGCGACCGCUUCGCCGGCCGCUCCACCGACGCCGCAGAGCUCGGUGCGCUGCGCCGGCGCAGCGAGAACGAUAUGCGCCGCUGCCUCACGUGGUGGGACCUCACGUGGUUCGGCUUCGGUUCCGUCAUCGGCGCCGGGAUCUUCGUGCUCACCGGCCAGGAGGCGCACGACAACGCUGGCCCCGCCAUCGUACUCUCCUACGUGGCCUCCGGGCUCUCCGCCAUGCUCUCGGUGUUCUGCUACACGGAGUUCGCCGUCGAGAUCCCCGUGGCCGGCGGCUCCUUCGCAUACCUCCGCGUCGAGCUCGGCGACGUCGCAGCCUUCAUCGCCGCCGCGAACCUGAUCCUCGAGAGCAUCAUCGGCACGGCGGCGGUGGCGCGCUCCUGGACGUCGUACCUGGCAUCGCUCAUCAACAAGCCGGCAAGCGCGCUGCGCAUACACACGUCGCUCGCCGAGGGGUACAACGAGCUGGACCCCAUCGCAGUGGUGGUGAUCGCGGUCACCGCGACCUUGGCCAUGCUGAGCUCCAAGGGCACCUCCCGCGUGAACUGGAUCGCGUCUGCCGUGCACGUGAUCGUCAUCGUGUUUGUCAUCGUCGCCGGGUUCCUCCACGCGAAGACGAGCAACCUGACCCCGUUCAUGCCGUACGGCGUGCCGGGCGUGUUCCGAGCGGCGGCGAUCGUGUACUUCGCGUACGGCGGGUUCGACAACAUCGCCACCAUGGCGGAGGAGACCAAGAACCCGUCGCGGGACAUCCCGCUGGGUCUCCUGGGAUCCAUGUCCGUGAUCACAGCCAUCUACUGCCUAAUGGCUCUGGUGCUGGGCAUGAUGCAGCCGUACACGGCGAUCGACCGGAGCGCGGCCUACUCGGUGGCGUUCAGCAACGUGGGGAUGCAUUGGGCUCAGUACGUGGUGGCCCUGGGCGCGCUCAAGGGGAUGACGACGGUGCUGCUAGUGGGGGCGCUGGGGAAGGCGCGGUACACAACGCACAUCGCGCGGAGCCACAUCAUCCCGCCCUUGUUUGCACUCGUACACCCGAGGACCGGCACGCCCGUGCACGCCACUGCGCUCAUCGCCAUCUCCAGUGCCUGCAUCGCGCUCUUCUCCAGCCUCGAAGUGCUCUCCAGCUUGGUCUGCGUCAGCAGGCUCUUCAUCUUCAUGAUGAUGGCCACUGCGCUGCUCGUCCGCCGGUACUAUGUGCGGGGCGUGACGAGCCGGACGCACGCGCUGCGGUUCACGGCGAUGCUGCUGCUGAUCAUCUGCUCGUCGGUCGGCAUCGCGGCGUACUGGGGCACGUCGCCUGAGCGGUGGCAGGGCUACGUCGUGCUGGUGCCGACAUGGGCGGCCGGAACGCUGGGCAUCCAGCUGCUGGUGCCGGCGGCCCGGGCGCCCAAGGUGUGGGGCGUGCCGCUGGUGCCGUGGCUGCCAUCGCUCUCCAUCGCCACCAACCUCUUCCUCAUGGGCUCGCUCGGCAAGGACGCCUUCGUCCGCUUCGGCGUCUGCACCGCCGUCAUGCUGAUCUACUACGUGCUCGUCGGCCUGCACGCCACCUACGACGUCGCGCACGGCGCGUGUGGCGGGGAAGAGGACGAUGGGGACUUCGCCGCCAAUAAAGAGAAGGUGGUCGCGGCGGACGUGGAGAAGGCUGAUGCGGCAGAGGGUCGUCAGUAAUCGAUCGGACGGGUCUGUUCGGCCUCGUUCUCGUUCCCUGUGGCUCAUGGCCAUGUGACGUGUAGUAGUAACAUUGUGGCAGUUGAUACGUGCUGUUUGAACACGGUGCGUUCUGUACCUUCCACGAUACGAGGAAUCUUCACGAGUUUGGAAGUAUUGCAAUAUCAUUGUAAUAUAAUUGGCAUCCUUUGCGCUAAUUAAACCGCAGUAUUGCAAUAUCCACAUGAGCAAUAUGAUGAAAUAAAAUUAGGUGUUCUCUA